AAUUAAAGGGGCAUUACAUUUACAGACUCCCCAACCGUUCCAUCAAAUUCCAAUUCAAAAUUAGAUUCGAAGAUCUAAACAUGUUCUCCUUCCAGCCAUGUGAUGAGCUGGUUUUCGGUUCCCCAACCACUCCUCGACAACAUCCGAUUAUGAUGGACCACUCCUUGCUUGAGACCAAUUUAUUAAGUUUCUCUUCCACUUCAAGAGAAGAUCAGCCGAUCGGAGCUUCAAACUUGGGAUCGCCGCCGCCGCCGCCAAGGCAAAAGGGUCAGACCAGGUUUGGAUCAUAUAAUAAGAGGGUUUUGCACAGAGAUAUUGAAAGGAAGAGGAGGGAAGAAAUGUCCAAGCUUUGUGUUUCUCUCAACACCCUUCUUCCCGUUGAGAACAAAAAGGGGAAAAGCUCUGUGAGCGAUCAAAUGGAGGAGGCGACGAAGUACAUAAAACAGAUGCAUGAGAAAAUGGAAGAAUUGCGAACUCGAAGAGAUAAGCUAAAGAAAUCAUACUACAAUUCUUCUUCUUCUUCCUCUUCUUCUCGUGGCACGAACGUUGAAUUUAUUUCAGAUGGUAGCACUAGUAGAUUGCAUAAAGGUGUGGCGGUGCACCGGAUCAUGGACGGAUUGGAGAUCAUCAUCACCACCAAGAGCCCUCAGUUCGAGCUCUCUCACGUGCUUGCGCUACUCCUUCAAAGAGAGCUCGAUGUGGUUAGCUGUGUUUCCACCGCAACAAAUGGUGGAUUUCUCCAUACAAUCGUUACUAAGGCCAGCAAUAGGAGUAGCCUUGAUGUGUGGGGGCUGCACGACAGAUUGACUGAGACUAUCAAGUAAUGAGGGUUAUUUAUAGCAAGUGAGUGAGAAUUUGGAGUUUAUGAAUAAUUGGCUUGUUUGAUAUAGGGAACUUACAUGACAUGACAUGUGUGACCGGUCUGGUAACUAUGCACAUUUGAUUUUAGAAUUAUCUUGGUGGUGCCCAAACAAUAGUGCAUAAUUUGAUUUUUGUACUGACAACUCCAGAGGAUGGGCAUAAGGUAAAAAAUAAUCUCAAUUUUGGAUCA